AUACGCAUGGAAUAAAAAAUGGUAUCACGAGUGGUGAAAAACCAUAGGACAAAAUGCCUGUAUUCGGUCAUGUUGUGAAAAAGUAUCAAUUUAAAUGCAUUUGGAAUGAAAAUCUGUCGUAUCAACUCAAUGUGUUAUGCUGCAAGAAAAUUUUCAGAGACACAGAAGUGAGUUUGGUAACAGGGAGUGAUAAUGGCACCGUUCAAGUACACAAAGCAAUUAAAGUCAAUAAUGUUAUUAGUGGCUUUGAGAAGAAUGGACGAAGCUAUGAAACCAAAGGUGGUUCCAUUCAAACUUUAUUGCCACAAAAUGUCACAAAGUUUUCCUCAGAAGAUGUUUUAGUUGGAGACGCAAACGGCUUGUUUACAAUCAUAACUAAUGGUCAAAUCCUAAACAGAAGGAGUUUAUGUGGCAGCAGGAUUGCAGCUGUUGUGGUUGAUGUUGAUUCAGCUGGAAAUACAUCCAUUGUUGUGGGUUCGUCCGAUGGUACCAUGGUGGCAGUUACCCCGUAUGAUAUUUUGUGGAAGUGCCGAUUAUCUGAAGUUUUAAAGCAAGAAGAGAGAUUUUCCGCUAAUUCCUCCAUCUCAAGUAUGCAUGUUUUUCGAAUGCAAUCUGCAUCCGCUGACACAAGUUACGUUAUCGUUGCUGACGCAGAAAAGCGCAUUCAUUUUUUUCAAAACGAGAGAUUGGUGACGACGUUGUUAGUUCCUUCCGUAGUAACCAGUAUGUGCUCAGGAUAUUUCCUAAACGAAGACUGUCCCAACGACAGUCCGUCAAAAUCGACGGCAUCGCCGUUAAAAGGUCAAAGAGGUUACGACGAACAAGUUGCCUUAGCAACACGGUCUGGUGCUGUUUUUAUUCUUUCGAAUUUUAAUGUAGUACCGUACACUAACUUGUCCUAUCCAAUCACUCAAAUUAAAAGUUUACCAGCUUCUGGAAGUGACGACGUGGAUGCACUUUUGUGUUGUGGCCAUUUUAACAAACUGUGUAUAUUACAGAACAGAAUGUGUGUUAGUACGUUUACAACGGAAGACUGGAUACAUUCCUUUGAUUUUGUUGAUGCUGCAGUUUGUGGAGAUUCGUUGCUGUUAGUUCUUGGCUGCGUCGAUAACUCUGUAAGAAUUUUAGAGAUUGAGAAAACUAGAUGAUUUUAUGAGCUGAUACACUUCGUGUGAGUUUGUAAACUUGUUCUCCGGUAUAAGUGUAAAUAGUGGUUUAUAAUCCGAUCUCCCGUUAACUGGAAAAUCCGCUACGUUUCUCUUUUUACUGGAAUUUUAUCAGAAAAAUAAAGACAUCUAAUUCUUGU